AUGAGAUGGCUCGAAGCCCGCCAUGUAUGUGGCCCAGGGAACGAUGCGGACCCUGUGGACACACUGAUCGACAGUGUGGAAUCGGCUCUCGCGCCUGAUACGCUGGAGCAUGCACAAGCACACACGCUGCUGCAAGCGCUUCGCACAGCCACCCAAGUGGGUCAGAAAGGGCCGAGUACAGACGUCUCGGAGGUCAGUAUCCGCGGUGCAUUGCAGCAUCUGCGCGAGACGCAGGGGCAUGACGAAAUGGCAUGGACACGCGUCGCAAAAGCCUGGCCGUCGCCACUAUUGCUGCAGCCAGACGUCGCGACCUUGGUGAUGGACAGUCUGCAGCGACCGACGACACCCAUCGCACUUGUUUUACAAGUGUUUCUGCUGUUUCUGUGCCACGAAAAGGCAUCGUCGUUAUGGAGUCGGACUCAAUGCAUGCCUGUCCUUGUACUUACCAAUCUGCUAGAGCAUCCGCACCUCGACAAAAUACCUCUCUCUCGCCGUUUCUUGUUCUAUACCAAGUACUUGGAUGCGGUUCAAGGCUAUUCGCAGCCGCUGUAUGACGAAACGUUGAAAACACUCAUGCACUAUGUAUUUGAAAAGCGGCAGCAGCCACACGAGUCAGCCGAGCAACGACAGGAGCAUGCCUUGCUGGGUGCGCUGCUCCUGGAAGUGCGCCUGAAGCAGGUGUUGCGUACUCUAUGGGAAGCGACGCAUAUUGCUGGCGCCGUGCGAAUGGAUGAGAGCCUAGCGCUGGUCCUGGAUUUGUACGCUUCGCGUUUGCUGCAUGCGGGCUUGGCGAUGGUGUGUGAUGCUGUGCGUGUGGCCAAUGCAUGCUUGCUGGUGUCGAGUGUAACGCAUCAUACGUCGCAGCUUCGUAAGCGGUUUCAAGCCCAAGCGUCGGUGGAUACGAACGAGCAAUUGUUUAUGCAAGUGCGCGCCGAUUUUGAGGGCCUUGGCCCGCCUACGAUCUCGCCGCGUGUUUGGAACGAUGUGGCAUUGGCGCUCGGGAGUGAAGAGGCCCAUGGUGUGCCGCGUGUCGUAUGUGCGUAUGUGCUACGUGCCCUGUCUGUCAUUGCGCCGUUCCAUCCGCCCCCGGUCGUCGAGGCGCAUCAGCCGCGCAGUUUGGUCGAGACGGAGACGCCGACGUACCGAGACAUGUGUGGGACCAUGACGUCGACUGUCAUGCAUAUCCGUCAGGCCAUGGCCGUGAUGACAGAUACGUACGUCGCAGCGAUGCCACGCGUUCAUGAUACGCUUGCGAAGUGUGUAGCCUCAUGCACAGAGGCAGUGACCUUACUCAGUGCGUCGGCCAGUCCGGAGAUGGCCUCGGCGACAGAGACACUGCUGCAUACGCUCGGCGAUCUUUCCUAUACCCGCUUUGAGACGCUGCAUAUGUUGUGGAUGGAGCAUCGCGAGGCUGCUUUGCAAGGGGCACAGCGGUACAUUGCGCUGUUUUUGCUCGUGACACGCUCGAUUUCCUGGGCGUUGCCGCUGACACGCUCGUCGAUCCCCCUACUGGACGAUCUGCUGCAUGUGCUGUGUGACCGCAACAUGGGUCUGUUGCUUCCGUACAUGCCCUGGGGCUACGGCUCGCCCAAGCCCGUGUUGGCGUUAUGGACGGGCAUGUCCGAAUGCAUGGCGGCCAUGUUUGAGCAGAUCCCACACUGGUCACGAACGGCCGAUCGGCAGGAAAUGCUGCAGUGGAUUGCCCAAGUGCCUCGCCUUGCUUCGUUCAUGGUCCAAAGUGCUACGCUUGCCUCGAACUCGAACGAACUGCAAACGUACCGAGCCAAUGUGCUAACCUCCCUCUCGCUUCCCCUGGAUAGCGCGAUCAAUUGGCUGCGUCUGAACCAUGAAGAACUGCUGCAGCAACUGUCCGACUACAUUCGCCGCACAGUCAAACUGUUCAGCACGGAAGACUGUACACUCCCGGACCACGUACGCGAUCAUGCGCUGCAGUUCCUUGAGCAGCAACUCAGUGUGACGCGCGCCGAGGAGCGGAAGACGCUUCUGUCCACCGCACAAAUGGAGCUCCUUCUCGACGAGUUUCUGGUCCUCCCACGACGUGCGCCUCGCGCGACGCCCAAGCCGGUGCUGACGCAGCAGACGUUGCCGUUUGCGCCGUCCAGCGCGACGGCCAGUGCACCUCGUGCCCGCGCGACACCUGCUGGAUCGACGUCUGCGUUCCAAGCCGCGACGCAUACGCCAGCGCUUCGCACGACUGCGCGCCCAGCUCCGACGAGCAGCAGCGCCCGCGCGCCCAAAUCCACUGGCAAACUUGCGCAGCUGCGCAAUGAGUUCCAGCUCACGCGCGUCGCCGCACGCAAACCGCAUGCCCCUGUACGUACCCUGGAGCCCGACGAGCUACCACGCGCACCACUAGCGACGAGCCGCGUCACAGGCGCCGUGACCAGUGUACCACCUCGCCGCGCGCCUGUUGACUCCGACACGACCGACUCAAGCAGCGACGAAGACGGCGGACUGCACUCGUUGGUCUCCCCCCGCCAAGCCAAGCCGACUACCACGCAGCCUCGACGCCGUGUGCGUAUGAUGGACGAUCCAGCGAUCCUCGCGGCGAUGCACAAGGCCGAGGACGAAAAGCGGCAGCGACGUCUGCGUACACCGCCCGCGUGGGCGCCGCUGCAUCGCUGUCUCUUAUCGUGGGACGUACGUGGCCAAGACGCGCUCCCGCCUACGCGUCUCGACGGCACGCCGUUCCCUGUCACACACAAGACCGAAGGGAUGCAGCAGGUGAGCGACUAUACGGAGCGCUUUGACUCGCUGCUUACGUUGGAGGCGUGGGCGCAGUUUCAGCAGGAACGCGAGAUGCUGGCCAGUCAGCUGCGUGUCGCGUUGACGUAUGUGCGACACAAGCGCGUGGACGACUUUGUGCAUGUGGAAUACACCUCGGCAGCGUCCGUGCCGAUGGGCUACUAUCUUAGCGAGAUGGAGCUCAUUUGCUUGGUACUGCCCACGCGAGCUGUGACACUCACAGGUAUCGUCAUGAGCGCUACAACGACGUCGGCACGGAGCCAGCCAGCGACGUUGGAGGUGGAAAUCCGGGUCCUUGCGUCGAAAAUCGCGCCUGUGAUGCCGUACCUGCACGACGACCAGUGGCAAGUCCACAGGUUCAUGUCGCUUACGACGCUGCGGCGUGAGUACGCCGCGCUGAAAAGCAUGCCAGACCUCGGCGUAGUCCAGGAUGUAUUGCAUGCGCAUGUCGCACGACCUGCGCUGGUGUCGGCAGACGAAGUGGCACGAGCGGCCAAGUCGUACGACCUCAACGAGCCGCAAGCGCGCGCCGUCGUCUCGGUGAUGCGUACCGAUGGCUUCUCGCUGGUACAAGGUCCGCCAGGGACCGGUAAGACCAAGACCAUUCGCGCGCUGGUCGCGGCGUUUCUUGGGAAGCAUGGCACGUCGGCGCAGCCAGCGCCUCGAGCGCGCAUGCUGCUUUGUGCGCCGAGCAAUGCAGCGAUUGAUGAAUUGGUCGCGCGUUUGAAAGAGGGCGUGCUCGUGCAUGGCAAACGUGUGUUCCCCAAUCUCGUACGGUUGGGCCGCGAAGACGCGGUGCAUCCGUCGGUGCGCGACGUGACGUUGGAAUCGAUGCUGAACAAUCCGACGCGCGAUACAGAGUCGCUGGAGGCGAAGAAGCGAUGGCAAGACGCCGAUGCGCAAUGGAAGGCGACGAAGGCAAAGCUGCGUACGGCGUCGUCGCCGGACGAAGCGCGGCAACUGCAGGCGGCUAUCAACGAGCUGGCCGACCGGUGCUUUGAGCUGCAGGAGCAAGUUCAGUCGCUCGCGAGUCGGCAGCGGUUGGGGCAGGCGGGCGCAGGGAUGCAGCGCUCCGUCGCACGCAUGUCGAUCCUCGAUAAGACGGAGAUUGUGUGCACGACGUUGACAGGCGCCGGUCACGAAAUGUUGUACCGCUAUACCUACGACACCGUGGUUAUUGAUGAGGCCGCGCAGGCCGUGGAGCUGAGCACGCUGAUUCCCUUACGAUACGAGUGCCAGCGCUGCAUCUUGGUCGGUGAUCCCAAGCAGUUGCCGCCGACGAUCCUUAGUCAGGAAGCCGAGCAGCGUGGCUACGCCAAGUCGCUGUUUGUGCGCAUGUUUGAGAAAGCACCGGCGCAUGUCCACUUGCUCUCGAUUCAGUACCGUAUGCAUCCGGACAUUAGCCUCUUUCCCUCUACGGCCUUCUACAACAAGCAGCUGACCGAUGGCCCGACGAUGGCGGCCAAGACACGUAUGCCAUGGCAUGAUACGUAUCUGUUUGGCCCCUUCCGCUUCUUCCAUACCGACGCGCGCGAAGAGGGCAGUGCGGGGCAUUCGUACCUGAAUCGCACAGAAGCCCGGACGAUCCUCGAGGCGUACGCGGCACUGCGCCACGUUGCCGGACACAGCUUAGCGGGCCAAGUGGCCUUUAUCAGCAUGUACAAAGCCCAAGUGCAGUGCCUUCGCUCGAUGUUUGUGGAGCAAUACGGCAGAGACGAGGCGGAGAAUGCCGACUUUAGCAGUGUCGAUGGUUUCCAGGGCCAGGAGAAAGAUAUCGUCUUUCUCAGCUGCGUACGUAACAACGCACAGGGCAUGAUUGGGUUCCUAAGCGAUUAUCGACGUCUGAAUGUCGCAUUGACGCGUGCGCGAAGCAACAUGCUGGUCUUUGGCAAUACCGCGAUGCUCUCGCGCGAUACAGUAUGGCGUACGAUGAUUAAGGAGGCUGAGCAGCGUGGGUUUGUCAUUCGGACCACCGCUUCGACAUUUGCGAACCCUCGCCGUGGGGCCUGCGUGCCCACGCCCGCCCUCGCUGUACCGACAUCGUCCCAUGCACCAGUCAAAGCACCGCCAGCCAAAGCACCGCCAGUCAAACCGCCACCAACCAAACCGCCACCAGCGAAAACACCAGCCGUGGUAGCACCCAAAGAGAUACCCCCCGCCAACACAGUCCCUGCCAAACGAAAAGGCGACACGACGGCUCCGCUUCGUGCGCCACCCCGCGUGGUGCCAUCGACCUCGCUCCUCGCGCCCCCACGCAAGCCGGCCAAAUGGGCCAAGAUCGUGGAGAAAAACAAGCAGAAACCAGUCGAGCCACCGACGAUCAGUGCCGCGAGCAAACGCACAUCGUCCGAGGGGCCCAGCUGGCUGCGAUCUGCACGCCCGCCCAGCGUGCCACGUAGGCCAUCGUAG